GAAUUAGAACAUAGCAUCUGACGCGUCACGAGAAGCUUGAAAUGACCCGGCGAUUUCUCACAUCAUGCCUCUACAUGAGAUUCAUUACAGAAGUCGUCCAGAAGUUCGCAGCUGCGGUCUAGUAUAUUCGAAGUUGUCAUAGCAAAUUUAGGUAGUUUCCUAUGAAUUCUGGUUAAGAUGUCUACUCCUCCUCCACCCGGAAUCUACGUGCCCGUGCCGACCUUCUUCCAAUCCAAGAAGUCCGCCACUUACAACGCUAUCGCUUCACCUGUGGAUAUCGACACGCAGGUUGCCCACUCGAUAUAUCUCGCGAAAGCUGGAACCAAGGGGUUGGUCAUUCUGGGCAGUACAGGCGAAGCCAUCCAUCUCACCAACAAGGAGCGCUUUAAUGUUCUCUCUGGUGUCCGGCGUGCGUUCGACCAUGAGGGCUUCAAGGACUACCCCAUCAUUGCCGGCACCGCGACCCAGAAUAUCGAAGAGACGGUCGACCAGCUGAAAAAUGCAAAAGAGGCUGGAGCGCAAUGGGGACUCUGUUUGGUGCCGGGAUACUUUGCUGGUGCGAAUUCACAGGAGGGCAUCAUCCAGUGGUUCACAGCUGUGGCUGACCAAAGUCCCAUUCCCGUCAUGAUCUACCAUUACCCCGGGGUCUCAAAUAAUGUCAAAGUCGUCCCCUCAACCUACGUCACCCUGGCAAAACACCCUAACAUCGUCGGCUGCAAGCUCUCACACGGCGACAUAUCAGUGCACGCCCAGAUCGCCUCAAACCCCUCAAUAGACCACUCCAAAUUCCAUACCUUCACAGGUUUAGGCCAACAACUUCUGCCCGCCAUCUCCAUCGGCGUCGUAGGCGCCAUUGAUGGUUGUGCGGGGUUCUUCCCCGAGACCGUGGUCAAGCUGUACGAACUAUCAAUCAAGAACCAGCCUGCGGACGAGGAAAUAAAGAAAAGAAGGUCAUUGCAGUACAAGCUUAGCUCUAUGGAGGAGAUUAUUGUCAAGUUUGGUACGGUAGGGAUCAAGGAGGCGAUUAGUCGGUUGAGGGGCUUGGGGGAUCCGGACGGCACGCGGCUGCCCCUGUUUAGGGGCAUUCCAGGGGGUGAGAGGGAGUGGUCUAAGUGGAAAGGGGUCGUGGAUAGUAUGGAGGCGGAGGAGAAUGGUGCUUAGGUCGGUGAGUAGAUUCGAGUCGAGGGAAUAGUAUUGGUAAAUCCUGAUUACCGGUCACCAGUUGGCUUCAACGAUAAUGUGUCACUUAUGCCAAGGGCAUUCCUACAGAUCCAGAUAU